AUGUCCCCCCUUACCCACCCAGACUCGGACAGCCAGUGCAGCCCGACCCGCCACAGCCUCAGCCUAUCAGACGGCUCCGAGGAUCAGCUGGACCGCCUGCAGCAGGUGGAGCUGGCCCGCUCCUCGCCCAUGUCCCAGUGGAGGGCAGGCACUGUGCAGGCCUGGUUGGAGGUUGUCAUGGCGAUGCCCAUGUACAUCCGCACCUGCUCAGAAAAUGUCAAAAGUGGAAAGGUUUUACUUGGGCUAACAGAUGAGGACCUGGAGCUGGGUUUGGCUGUCAGCAGUGUGAUGCAUCGCAGGAAACUACGCCUGGCCAUCGAGGAUUACAGAGAUGCUGAGAACGGUAGAGGGCUGUCGAAGGCUGCAGAUUUGGACCACCACUGGGUGGCCAAGGCCUGGUUAAGCGACAUGGGCCUGCCUCAGUACUCUCAGGCCUUUCACAACCACCUGGUAGACGGACGCCUACUGAACUCGCUGACCCGUCGUGACCUCGAACGCCACCUCAACAUCACUAAGAAGUUCCACCAGGUCAGCCUGCUGCUGGGCAUCGAACUGCUGCAGUUACUCAAUUUUGACAAGGAGGCACUGCAAGCUCGCCGGAUACAGUGUGAGCACCAGAACGUGGAUCCGUUGGUGUGGACGUCUCAUAGGGUCAUUAAAUGGAUCAAAGAUAUCGACCUGAAGGAGUUUGCAGAGGGUCUUCUCAGCAGCGGAGUGCAUGGCGCCGUCAUGGUGCUCGACCCCACUUUUAACACCGACGCCAUGGCAACAGCACUGGGGAUCUCUAGCAACAAGCACAUGGUUCGCAGACACCUUGUGGAGGAGAUGCAAUCGCUGAUCGGCACGGCCAGAGCAGAAAUCAAGCAGGACUACGAGCAUCUGGGCCUGGGAACCCCACCAGCUCUGCUCAGGCAGAACUCCCCGGGGAGACCGGCCAGCUCCACCGGCCGACACACUGAUGACGAAGGCUCGCUGAGGAGGAGAGCUGUCAAGCCUCCAACAGGCUUCAGCCCCAAAGCUCGCAAUGGGCGGGACUUGAGUUGCCAUAGCAGCUACGGCUCCCUGCCUCGGGAGGGCAGAGACCAGACCCCGCCCCGAUCGGAGGGAAGCCCUCUCCACGGUUACACCAGCAUCGAGGUCACCAAUGUGUGAGGUCAUCAGAGUGAUACGAAACACCAGCCGUCAGAUUUAUCACAUAUCCAUCAACAUCAUGAACAUUUGUCAUGUGCUCCUGGACAUGGGAUGGUUAUUUUUUAUAGAGAUGAAAAUAUAAAGGAAAGAUUGCACUUUUUUAAUGGGACAGGAGUAUUUUUCUCAAGUUUCCUGCUAAAGGAGAAAAAAACAAGGUCAUUGUGGGCAGGUGGUAUUAUGAUGUUUUUGAGGGGGGGGUAUUUCCCUUCUCCAACACUCGAGUAAAAAAAAAUGAAGUACUCAAGCUAAAUGAUUAUUUUUCUAUUUUCUUGUGUGUAAAUGGUUCUCUGUGAAUCAGGAUGUGACUUAUACAUUGCUAUUGUUGACUGUUUCUUCUGAGGGAAAUGAGAUCUAAAAAAAACAAGACUGUUUGUAUGGAUACUUGAUGACAAAAUGAAAAAAAGGUUUCAUAUCUAUGUAAAUUGUUCUUGUUUCAUUCAAUUCUGCUGUAUGUGAUGCCUUGUCAAUGUAGCUAAAGACAGUGGCCAAAAAAAGCAAUUUGAAUUGAAUUUUAGAUUCUUGAAUCUAGAGGUUUAUGUUUGAUAUUCAUUUUUCAUCUUGCACAUUAACACAGUUGUGUCUAAACCAAUGUAGCACCCUCUUCUGAUGUUUUAUACUGUGCAGUAAACAUGGGAAAUAUUUUAACAAUGCCAGCAAAAGAUGACUGCAGAGCUGUAUGUCCAUAGAGGCCUAAGGGCUGAAAGGUGUGAGGAUGCAAACACUGUAUGUGAAAAGUGAAUCUGAAUGAAAUAAAGAAC